CGAGAGUUACACCUUACCAAAAAAAAAAAAAAAAGCAAACAUUCACAAAAAAACAGUGAACAUCGAAAAGGAAGAGAAAGGGAGGCAUAGAUGAAAAUCACCGAAAAAGAGAAACAAUUCAAAAUCUAAGCAAUUCCCUCCCAAGUGGAGUUAGGUCUUGAAAAUUUCCCUCCUUAUAAAUAGGGGCAUAAAAAAAAAAUCAGAAGAGGAAAAGAGAGGAAAACGAAAACCUAACCAACCAAUUACAAAUCCAGUGAGUGACAUUUUACCAACUCAAAUGGCGAAGCAGCUACCUUGUGACGCCGAUGGUGUUUGCAUGGCGUGUAAAACGAAGCCUCUAGAAACUGAAACCCUUCAUUGUCGAACAUGUGCAACUCCAUGGCAUGUUCCUUGUUUACCUCUGAUUCCAACCUCAAUCCUCGAUUGGGAAUGCUCCGAUUGUUCUCAACCCGUCGCCGGCGAUUCCGCUGCUCCGUCUGUUGCCGGAGAUCUCGUUUCCGCUAUUCGCGCCAUUGAGAACGAUGUUUCGCUUACCGAUGAUGAAAAAGCGAAGAAACGACAAGAACUCGUUGGUGGGACUUCUAAUUCACCUGCUGAAACAAACAAUAGACGCAGUAACGGCUUGCUUGAUAUCUUCGAUGGUAGCCUUAACUGUUCCUUCUGCAUCCAGUUGCCUGAGAGACCUGUUACUACACCAUGUGGGCAUAAUUUUUGUUUGAAGUGUUUUGAGAGAUGGAUUAAGCAAGGAAAUCGAACUUGCUCGAAUUGUAGGACUGCAAUUCCAGCAAAGAUGGCGAGCAAUCCACGAAUCAAUGCACAGUUGGCGAUUGCGAUUCGUAUGGCCAAGGUAGCAAGUUCGCAAGGUGGUGUUGGAGGAAGUAGUGUUCCAAAAGUUUAUCACAGUGUUGACAAUGAUGAGCGCCCUGAUACUGCUUAUACAACUGAGAGAGCAAAGAAAACAGGAAAGGCUAAUGCUUGCAGUGGAAAGAUAUUUGUGACCAUUCCGAAAGAUCAUUUUGGACCGAUUGUUGCUGAGAAUGAUCCAACAAGGAACCGUGGGGUUCUUGUUGGUGAUACAUGGGAGGAUAGGAUGGACUGUAGGCAAUGGGGAGCUCACUUACCCCACGUGGCUGGCAUUGCUGGUCAGAGUACACACGGGGCUCAAUCUGUUGCACUUUCAGGUGGUUAUGUCGAUGAUGAGGACCACGGUGAGUGGUUCCUUUACACAGGAAGUGGCGGGAGAGAUCUCAGCGGUAAUAAACGUACAAACAAAAAUCAGUCUUUUGAUCAACAGUUUGAGAACAUGAAUGAGGCUCUCAGACUGAGUUGUCGAAAAGGUUAUCCUGUUCGUGUUGUUAGGUCCCACAAGGAGAAACGUUCUGCUUAUGCACCGGAAGCAGGAGUGAGAUAUGAUGGGGUUUAUAGAAUUGAGAAAUGCUGGCGCAAAAUUGGAAUACAAGGUCAUAAGGUUUGCAGGUAUUUGUUUGUGAGGUGUGACAAUGAGCCAGCUCCAUGGACAAGUGAUUUAUCCGGAGACCGUCCCCGUCCACUACCUAUAAUUAAGGAGUUUAAAGGUGCAAUUGACAUUACUGAAAGAAAGGGUGAUCCAUCAUGGGACUUUGAUGAGGAAAAGGGCUGUUGGUUGUGGAAGAAGCCUCCACCUCGAAGUAAGAAGCCAGUGAACAUUGUGGAUCCCGUAGAUGGAAGUAAAAUAAAAGUUGUUAGGCCAAAGACAAAAAAGGUGUCCUUCAAAAUCAAGGAUAGGCUAUUGAAAGAGUUCGGUUGCAAUAUAUGUCGUAAGGUGUUGGCUUCGCCUCUCACUACGCCUUGUGCUCACAACUUCUGCAAAGCUUGCCUGGAGGGUGCCUUUUCUGGCCAAAGUUAUAUUAGGAAUAGGGCAUCCCAAAGUGGCCGCGCUUUGCGGACACAAAAGAACAUUAUGAAAUGCCCUACUUGUUCAACUGACAUAGCUGAUUAUCUUCAGAAUCCACAGGUAAACAGGGAAAUGAUGGGUGUCAUAGAAUCACUCCAGCAACAGGCUGAACAGAUGGAGGAGAGUUCUGAAGAAUCAAGUGUAAAAAGUGAUGAAAAUCUCAAGCCGGAUGAGGAGACGGAGGUUUCAAAGCCCUGUGAUUCAAGUGAAAAAGUCUUGAAGGAAAUUAACAAGAAUGAUCUGAAUCCUCCACAGAAGCGGAGGAAAGGUACUGGUGGCAAGGCUGUGGCGAACACGGAGGAACAUAUUGACGAGCUUCCAUAGAUUUGGAAACAUUUGAUCUGGAUGAGGCCCUUGCAGCGGCCGCCGAAGAACCACUCUGCAAGUUUGCUGCGUGGAAGAACUUUGUUUCAAGCUUACCGGCGGUUCUUGAUGUCACUAAGGAGGAUGUUUGCUCGGUUUGCAUGGAAAGCUUUGAAGAUUCACACAAUUCAGAAGAAGGAGGAAAUAAACGAGUUCCAUGUGGUCAUGUAUACCACUCAAACUGUAUCACUUUAUGGCUCCAUCGCUGCAGCUCUUGCCCUCUUUGUCGCCGCCAUAUCUCCUUUUAGUACUCAUAUAUUCAAUUGUACUUUUAUCAGCUCCAUCGCUGCAGCAAUUGCCCUCUUUGUCGCCGCCAUAUCACUUUUAUCAGCUCCAUCGCUGCAGCUCUUGUCCUCUUUGUAAAAUACCAGUGUAUAAGUAUAUAAUAAUAUGUAAGGAAAUAGUGUACAGUUUGUUUGUUGGAGGAUUGAGUAAACCAACAAAAUGGUACAGGUACUAAAUUUGCAUGACACUCUGAAUUUAGUCUCUAAGAAUAUGCAUAUUUUAACUAA